UUUCUGGUUGUGACAGACCUACCUUUGUUUCGGGGGUGUUUUGCUGGCUUGUGAUGGGGUGUGAACCGACAGUCUGUAGAGUUUUCCAUCUGGUGUGGCUGAGAAUCCAUCAGGCGGUUGCGGCAGCUGAGGAGUUCCAACCGGACAUCAUAGUGACCAUUGAUGCCAAGGGCUUUUCGUUCCGAGUGCUCGAGGGGAUACGAAAUUGUUAUGCUGCGAAGGGCCAGCGCAGACCGCCGUGUGUGCACUAUGUUUCCCCUUCUGUUUGGGCAUACAAGAAUGGAGCUGCAAGUCUGUCAAAGCUCAAGAGUAUAGUGGAUCACGUCCUGUGCAUAUUGGCUUUUGAGCCGGCUUUAUAUAAAUCCAGUGGCGUUCAAGCAACAUUUGUUGGACAUCCAGCUCUCGAAGAUGUAUGGCGCAAUCAAGAUUCCGAUGCGCUGAUUGGCUCAGAAGACUGUUUGAUGAGUCCGCCUUGGCGAAUCAAAGCUGAUGGAAGCGAUAUCCUUGCAAGCCAUGGCUUCCAGGUUCGGACACCCGGAAGUUCUCCAGGCCGGGAGUUCAUCAAGGAGUUUGUUUUUGAACAUUGCACGCCUAAGAACCUUGCAUCAGCAACCAGUGAGCUUCUGGAUUCCAGGAGAGACCCUUGUCAGCCACAUGCUUCUGACGACGACAGCGAGCUUGUACUUGGAGCAUUAGGUCCAAACGUCAUGUUUUCUGCCGAUGAUGCUGGCCUGCUAGAGGAGAAUGACUGCACCACCACUUGUCAUCCUGUAAACAGUAGCGUGCCUCAGGCUCAUUGCUAUGAUGGGUGGAUGGAGAGGGCUAGCCCCAGUCUUCGGCACUAUCUAUACUAUGAGGCAAGGCGUUUGGAUGACCUUGCUGAGGAGUCGAGUCCACAGGUAGGCCAACAUCCUUGGCGCCGCGUGUGGAACAAAGCACAUUUGGAUUUUGGAGUUGAAGGUGGAAUUGGGCAAUUAAGGCGCAGGCAGCAUUCAUUGGGCACAAUGGCAAAGCAAAAUCCCACCAAUUUUUCCGUAAGGGCACACGAAGGCACUUUGGUGGUGAACCAUGGACCACCGCCCUUCUGGUCCCCGGUAGCAGUUCCACGUCCAAGCCUGCUUGCAGCACAGGUUGUGUUUCAGAUGCUUUUUAGGAAAAGACUCAGGAUCUGAGUUUCUUUUUCAACUGGGGAAAAAAAAAAAAUGGUUCAUCCGUCGGAGGGCGUCCUCACACUAGCCCUAUCUUAAAUGUUAUCUCGCGGCAUUGAUGGCCGGACCUGGAUGUAUGUGACCACAAUUACGUCCAGAAAUAAAUAAAAUAAGGUCCUCGUGUGAGUAUGCCCCGAGUUGCGUUGCAUAGCGCUUCAUCCGUUUCGUAAUUUUCAUUUUGAGA